CACUGACGAUUCUGCGCAUGCGUGAAAUUCUAUGUUGCCUUGUCAACGCUGGUCAAUCAAGAAUCUUUUUCCAAUCUAGAAUCCUACAUAUUUCUUCGGUCAAACUCGCAAGAUCAGAAUCAAGAUGCCAGGAGUAGGUGAUGACGUACCUAUGUACUGCUCUCAGCAGAUAAACAUUCCCCCUGACCUACCUGAUAUCAUGAAGCAGUUCACCAAGUCUGCCAUCAGGACCCAGCCAGCUGAUGUCCUUCAGUGGUCAGCAGCAUAUUUCCAUGCCCUUGCCAAUGGGGAGACACCCCCGGUGAAGGAAAGGCUUGAGAUGCCCAUGGCCACACAGAAAACAGACACUGGACUAACACCAGGAAUCCUCUCUGUGCUAAACAGACAGCUUGGUCCCAAGAAGAAAAUCUCACUGGAAGAACUAGAACAGAAAUGGAAGGACAACUGUCUCCCUAAGGAGAGAAUGUUCAGCUUGAUUCAGAUUGGUAGCUUCGGGGAUGAGAUCGAAUGGCCAAAGUUCUUUGCCCUUGCCUGCUCAGCUCUCGCAGGGAACAUCACCUCUGCUAUGAAGGUCAUCUGUGAGAUUUUGACCAAGGACCCCGAGGGCGGUGCAGCGAGGAUACCCUUUGACCUCUUCAAGGAGCUCUAUACGUACCUGGCUCAGAUUGACGGAGAGAUCUCGGAAGAGCAGAUAGAGGGCGUCUUCACCUACCUGCAAUACCAUGUUGACAAACAGAACGGCGCAGUGCAACCAAGGAACUUCCUCCAUCCCGACUGCCCCAAGCUCGGCCUUUGAGCAGCAGCUAUCAAACGGACCAUCAUCGACCAAUCAUCUCUGUUAAUAUCCUUGUUUUGUUACGUCUGUUGAAGACUGGGGGGGCAUUGAAGAUAGCGAAGAGACCUGGGCCCUGUCUUACAAAGACUUACGAUUGAUCUGAUCAAACGUAACUAUGGAAAGCUAGCAAAGUAAACACAUAAAAUGCAUGAUUGUUCAAAAUUUGUUCUAGAUAUGAAUGUAUAUCCACGAAUUCUUGACAACUUGGUAUGUAUUCUUUUGUUUACAAAGGACAUUUUGCAAAUUUCCUGUAGAAAAAACUGUGACACUGAUGGAUUUCCAUAGAGUUACAA